CGACCGGGCCGAGUGCGUGUUCCAGCCUCGUCCCGCCCCGCCCUGCCCGGGCCUCUCCUCCACCCGCGCCCGCUGCCCGGAAUGGCCCUGGCCUCUCACACCCUGUGUUUGCUUUUGCUGCUGCUGCUGCUGGGACCAGCCUGGAAGACUGUGGGCUCUGCUGCUCAUUCUCUUUGCCUCAACCUCACUGUCACAUCUCACUCCCCACCUGGGCAGCCCUGGUGUGCAGCCCAGGGCUCAGUGGAUGGAAACCCUUUCCUUCAGUACAACUGUGACAGCCACAAGGUCACACCUCUGGGUCCCCUGGGGGAGAAGGUAAAGGCCACUGAGACAUGGACAGACUUGACCCAGACACUGGGAGAAGUGGGGAGAGAGCUCAGGAUGAUCCUGCCUGACAUCAAGCUGGAGACAACCAGGACCAGGGGUCCCCCCACCCUGCAGGCCAAGCUGUCUUGUCAGCAUGAAGCACAAGGAGGCACUGGUGCAUCCUGGGAGUUCAGCAUCAAUGGACAGAGGGCCCUCCUCUUUGAUGGGAUGAGCGGAAAGUGGUUGGCCAUUGAUCCUGGAGCCAGCGGGGUCAGGGAGGAGUGGGAGAACAACCAGCAGCUGACAGAGCAUUUCAGGAGGAUCUCCAGGGGAGACUGCAGUCACUGGCUUCGGGAAUUCCUGCCACACUGGGAAGAAAUGCUGGAGCCCACAGUGCCACCAACAAAGACCCCAGAGACCAACCAGUCCAACUGGAUCAUGAGUUCGAUCUUAAUCCCUACCAUAUUUUUCAUCAUCGUCAUUGGUAGCAUCAUUGCCAUGAAGGUCAAACCAUGUAGGAGGAGAUCAGGCGCCUCAGGAGGAGAGAAGGGAAGAGGAUGUUGGCCUGCAACCCUCCCCAAGGCUGGAAGUGUGGGCAUGUGGCCCUUCUCCUCCUCACAGCCUGACCCUGCAGCCCCUCCAGGAACAUGGAGAAUCAGCAGCCCGUGCUGCUGCCCGAGCCCCGAGCCCGGGGUCCUGCUCUAGACUCUGCCCUUGGGGCCCACUGUGGCUCCCCUGCUUCAUCCUCCACCCCAGGACGCAGGUUCCAGAUCUGGAGGACUCCUCGGUCACCACUCCCAGGAUCUCAACAUGGCCUGUCCUCUGUGGCCUUUGGUGACUGCCCAUCACUGCUUUCUCUUAACACAAGGGGCCAAUUUCUCUGGUGCUAAAGAUGGAAUUCCUGCACUUCAACAUUGAACUGCUUGAACACAUCGAAUGGUGAACAGGAAAUGGAUUCACCAAGUUCCUGACAUUGUUUGGAUCUUAGACAUUGAAUCCUCCCGGGCCUCCCCGGUGGCUCAGUGGGUUGAGUGCAGUGCUGUGAAGCUGUCCGAAGGCCCUGAAGUGCGGAUUCAAUCCCUGGCCCACCAGGGAGCUACCCACAAGGCACAGCAGACCUCUCCUGUCUCACCCGCUGCUCCCCUCAGCAGUGUGUUUCAGUCAGUCUGCCUGUUCUGCUCCCCACUCUGUCUCUGGCGAAUCUUCUCACCCUCCCACACCUCUGGCCUGUACCCUAAUUCUUGUACACGUAAAAAAAAAUAAAUCUUUAAAAAAAGAGAGAGAGAGAGAAAAAGAAACUGAAUCCUCCUUUGACAUGAACUUCAGCAUCUCCAAUCUGUGGAUGAUUCAGGCUGACAUGCCCUCACAUUGGAGCCCGAAAAUCAAGUGUCUGCCUGCACUGAAAGAGGACAGGGAUGCAAUGGGCUAUGGACAAGAUGCUGGGGCGUCACUGGCAGGAGGUGCGAGGGAACACAUCUCAUAGACCCUAAACCUCACCAGACUAUAAAUCAGUGUGUCUGCAGUAAACAUAAUAUUUGAAAAAUUAUAGAUGUUUACAAAAGGGGUAAAUAAAACACAACCCACCUCUUUGU